AAGGUACCUUUUCCAAUACCUGUGCCCGACGCCUUAUCGCUACCCCGCUACCCCACGUUUUUAAAUUCUCGGUUUCCCAACUGACCGGCUCGACCUUAGCAUCCAUAGACUAUAGACACAAAAAUGCCUCCCGUGAUCCAUUGCGUGCGCCAUGCUCAGGGCUUCCACAACCUUUGCACAGAAAACCAUGUCAUUCGCGACCCCCUCCUCACCGACUUGGGCAACGAGCAAUGCCGCAAACUCUCUGAAAAAUUCCCCUUCCAUGACAAGAUCGAUCUCGUAACCGCCUCUCCUCUCCGCCGUACCAUCUACACCGCAUUGCAGAGUUUCGGGCCUGUUUUUGAAGCGCGAAAGGACACGAAGUUGGUUCUGCUCCCGGAUGUGCAAGAAACCAGCGAUGUUCCUUGCGACACAGGUAGUGACCCGGAUGUGCUGCGGAAGGAAAUGGAGGAAAACGGAUUGCCUGUUGACUUAACAUUGGUGCAUGAGGGGUGGAACAACAAGGCCGGUCGGUAUGCCCCGACUCACGCCGCGAUUAGAAAGCGAGCUCGCGAGGCUAGACGGUGGUUGAAGGAGAGACCUGAGAAGGAGAUCGUUGUUGUGACUCAUGGUGGAUUCUUGCAUUAUUUUACUGAGGAUUGGGAGGAUAGCAGCCAGUACCAAGGAACGGCCUGGGUUAACACCGAAUACCGUACUUACGAAUUCUCGUCUGAGGUCCACAAGACUGACGUGGAAGGCCAUGAGCUUGAGGGCGAGGAUGCAACCCUGGUUGAGACUAUCCCUUCGCGUGAACGUCGUGGCAAAGAAGGCCCGGCACCGGACCGGGAAGCUCAGAGGGCUCUGUACAAGAAAGGAACGCAGGGGUGGGAUGACCAGGGUUUGCAAUUGAGCACGGCUGAACGUGAAGCGGCCAAGGUUCCCGAGGGCAAAGAAGUUGAUGGUGUCCGUGUAUGAGCUAUUGGGAUUAUCCCCCCUCCUGUUUGAUAUCUUUUUGUAGAUAGUGUUGGAUGCUUUGUUCAUGGUUUCAUAUAGAACGGCUGCGUCUUUGUCACUGUGACGAAAGAAGUCCUGAAGAGACGGUUGGGAUAUUAUGAGGACAACUUGGAAAAUCUAAUACAUAAUUGAACAAAUCUCUUUUAUUCCCAUACAACAAUGAGCAUAAUGGCCAUUGCAAUGAAAUGCUUGUGACGUACUAAAG